UCGCAGGAACAAGAAGCGUGAGGUGGAGACAGGAUAGGCUGGGACACAAGGUCCAGUUUAGUGUGUGUCCCAGCCCAGAACCCUCAUUGAGCCCAAAUCCUCAUCUCCCCCUGGUAGUGGGGCUCAGCGCAGACAGCGUAGAACUGCUGGGCCUCUGGGACCCAUCAGACUGGACCUGGACUGGAGAUGAUCUCCUAAGCAGAUACCCCCUUCUGAACUGGGGAUGUAGGGCUUUGAAACCAGAAAAUGCCAGGUCUGAAAGAGAGGAAAGCACAAGUCCAGCAAUACACAGAGCUCUGUGUAUUCAGAGGGAAGUUGGCAGGGUUGUGUUCGGGCAGAGAAACUCCGAGUGGUACAAAGGGACGUGCCCAGAGUGGAGAAAUCAUGCUAAUUGUCUGCACCAGAGCUGGAGAACGCCACCCAAAAUGAAGAGAGAAAGAAGAGCCCUGUCCAGAGCCUUCAGUGCCCUGCGCCUCGCUCCUUUUGUCUACCUUCUUCUGAUCCAGACAGAGUCCCUGGAGGGGGUGAACAUCACCAGCCCGGUGCGCCUGAUCCACGGCACAGUGGGGAAGUCAGCCCUGCUUUCUGUGCAGUACAGCAGCACCAGCAGUGACAAGCCCGUGGUGAAGUGGCAGCUGAAGCGGGACAAGCCAGUGACGGUGGUACAGUCCAUUGGCACAGAGGUCAUUGGCACCCUGCGGCCUGACUAUCGCGACCGCAUCCGCCUCUUUGAAAAUGGCUCCCUGCUUCUGAGCGACCUGCAGCUGGCUGAUGAGGGCACCUAUGAGGUCGAGAUCUCCAUCACAGAUGACACCUUCACGGGGGAGAAGACCAUCAACCUCACUGUAGACGUGCCCAUUUCGAGACCGCAGGUGUUAGUGGCUUCAACCACUGUACUGGAGCUCAGCGAGGCCUUCACUCUGAACUGCUCGCACGAGAAUGGCACCAAGCCCAGCUACACCUGGCUGAAGGAUGGCAAGCCCCUCCUGAAUGACUCUCGAAUGCUCCUGUCCCCCGACCAAAAGGUGCUCACCAUCACCCGAGUGCUCAUGGAGGAUGACGACCUGUACAGCUGUGUGGUCGAGAACCCCAUCAGCCAGGGCCGCAGUCUGCCCGUCAAGAUCACCGUAUACAGAAGAAGCUCGCUUUACAUAAUCUUGUCGACAGGAGGCAUCUUCCUUCUUGUGACCUUGGUGACAGUCUGUGCCUGCUGGAAACCCUCCAAAAAGUCUAGGAAGAAGAGGAAAUUGGAGAAGCAAAACUCCCUGGAAUAUAUGGACCAGAAUGAUGACCACCUAAAACCUGAAGCAGACACCCUCCCACGAAGUGGAGAGCAGGAACGGAAGAGCCCCAUGGCACUCUAUAUCCUGAAGGACAAGGACUCCCCGGAGCCCGAGGAAAGCCCCACGCCCGAGUCCCGAGAUCGGAGCGCCACAGAGCCCGGCCCUCCCGGCUACUCCUUGUCGCCAGCAGUACCCGGCCGCUCGCCGGGGCUGCCAAUCCGCUCGGCCCGCCGCUACCCGCGCUCCCCAGCGCGCUCCCCCGCCACGGGCAGGACGCACACGUCCCCGCCCCGGGCCCCGGGCUCGCCCGGCCGCUCGCGCAGCGCCUCACGCACACUGCGGACUGCGGGUGUGCACCUGAUCCGCGAGCAAGACGAGGCCGGCCCGGUGGAAAUCAGCGCCUGAGCCGCCGCGGGACCCCCGGCAGGCGCCCGCAUCCUGCGGCCCGCGGCCGGGGGAGGGCCGGGAAGCGGGGCCGCCGCCCGCGGGAGGCGAGGGGACGUCCCCAGGGGGGCGCGCGAGUCUCGCGUGUGGACGAACGCUAGUGUGCGCGGAUGGGGGUCGCAGCGGGGCAGCGGAGAGUGGAUCUGGUGGUGAAACCGAGUCAUAUUUGCUUCCGGUUCACUGGCUGUGUCCUCAGUGGGUAUGGGUUGUGUGCCCUCUUAGGACCAUAGAGAUUAUUAAAUUUCCAGCCCAAUCCGCCAAGGGUCUUAUGGAAACUAACAUAAAUAACCUAACCCCCGUGACUAUCCUGUGCCCUUCCCAGGGAGUUCUCAUGCUUCCCACCCACCUCCCUUCCCUGCGAACCAACGCCUGGUUCCUGGGGCACUUUUUUGGCCAUUCCAGCUUUGAGAGGCCACUUGCCCAAAACAUACGACUGUCCUAAACUAAGAGAAAGUCAGAGGCUGGUUACCAAGUGUACAGGGGCUGUUCUGAGCAUCCGAGGAAUCACUGAGAAGGCAGUGCCCUAAAGGACUCUUCUCUGGGCACCUGGUACCUGGGCACCUACCAGCUGGUGAGAGAGGAGCUCAAGUAUAUUCAUUUGCCCCCUGACCUGGGCCCUAGCACGGGCAAAGGUCUCAAGCCUCCCGUGCUUGGCCUCCUCCCAGAGCCUCCCUCAGCGGCAUGCCAAGCAUUCUUCCCAUCUCUAUUCCUAUAGAGAAGGGAGUCUCACUCACUGCCCUGGCCCAGAAAGCUAGAUCAUGUGAAGAACUGUUU